AUGGAAAGCGACAAGCAAACCGAGGAGCCACCAGAGGAGUUGUUCUCGACGGCAGGCGCUUACGGCCUCAGAACAGUAGCGGAAGGAGCGACUGAUACCGUAGAUAUCGUAUUCGUCCACGGCCUCACUGGUAACCGCGAAACUACGUGGACGUACAAGAAGACGAUUUUCUGGCCAAAAGACCUCCUGGCGAAUGACCUCGAAAACGUGCGCAUCUUCACCUUUGGGUACGACGCAGAUGUGGUCAAACUCCUUAACAUCGCGGGCGGAAACACUGUACGCGAUCACGGGAAGUCUCUCGCUCAAGACCUCUCCUUGCGAAGAGCAGAAACGAACACAACCUCCCGCCCAGUAAUCUUCGUAGCCCACUCCCUCGGCGGCCUCGUCGUCGAACAAGCCCUCCUAAUCUCGCGCGGCACCUCCCAGUUACACGUAAAAUCUCUCCUCACCUCCACCUUCGGCAUCGCCUUCAUGGGAACCCCCCACCUUGGCUCGCGAAAGGCAGACUGGGCGCGUCCUCUAACGCAACUUUCUUCUCUCCUCCGGAAGACCAACAAAGACAUCGUCGCAGUCCUGGAACCAGCCUCAGAAAUGCUAUCAACCCUCCAACAAGAAUUCCACACUAUGUUGGAAGACCGGCGACGCAACGAAGGGAAAUGGAUUGAAAUCUUCUGUUUCUACGAGGAGUUGAGUUACGCGGGUAUAGGAGAUAUUGUGCCGCGUCAAUCGGCGAUUUUGCCUGAGUAUCCUAAUGCUAGUAUUCAUCAAAAUCACUCUGAUAUGACGAAGUUUGGUGGGAAGGCGGAUCUGGGUACUCCUGGGGCAAGUCCAGGCCAAGCCGACUGUGGUAAACGGACACUUGUCUCGCAGACGAACGAGUCAGAGCAAACAUCCGUUGCACCAGUGGAAGCGGAAGUGUCUGAACCGGCAGACUCGGGAGAAAGGCAACCGGCGCAGAGGGAAGCGAAAGUGUCUGCACCGGUAGACUCAGGAGAAAUGCAACCGGCGCAGAGGGAAGAGAAAACUAAGAGCAGUCAAGCUGGUGCUAUUUCAUCUCAAGGCGGCCCAGUCUUCAUGGGUAAUGUUAGUGCUGGGCGCGACUUUAGAUACACUCAACACUGA